AUGGUUGGAUAUCAAUGGAGCAGCCUUUUUCGCGUGCAAGUGGAAUUGCGAUGCAUUUGUCUGGAGGGCGAUUGGAGCCAUCUGCCAAUUAGCGUCACUAGAAUCCAAGCGAUUGCAACUAGCGUGGCUCCUAGUACCACGCCAUCGGCGCAAUCAAUUACUGUGCCUCACACUCAGCUAUUAACACAAGCAAACACACAUACGCCUACAUUUACACCUAGAGAGAUACAUACGCGCAUGGCUACGAGGGAGGUGGGUAGAAAAUACUCCAUGGGCUAUGGCCAUGGGGCAUGGAGCAAAAGCGGCAAGAUGUCAAAUGACACUGACGGCCCGAACGAUACGAGAGAGAAGUAUUUCAUCCCCCCGGGAAACAGAAUAGGGGAUACGGCUGUUGUCAGAGUACGGGAUCACGAUUUAUUGAUUCGAGGCUCUCUUAUCGGGGCGAGGACGAGACAGUGCCCUACAAAUUGGCAAGGCGAAUUGCAAUUUCGGCCAAGUGGACACUACGAUUCACCGAACCGAACAAAUCGCCAGCGGACGAAUAAAAGGCCGGAAGAUGGAGAAACAUUAGAUCAAAAUAACAACCGUAACUCACCAAGGCCUUUCCUAGACGAUCACACUUUCCGGGUCUCUCGUCUGCCAUCAGAGCCGGCCAAGGACCAGUUUGUCCCCAAACCCAGCGGUCAUUUGGGGAAAUAUCACAAGGAUGUUAACAGCCAUGCGAAUCUCUAUGAAAAGGAAAGUCUAUUCAAGUCGAAAUCCCAUCAAAACCUAUCAAACAAGGAUGAGGUUUACCGGAAAUACUCGAUUCCAAAUCAGAGUAUUCCCAGGCCUCGACCAGCUGCGGGUUUAAGCCCACAAAACUCCUUCGCUCCUUCUAUACAGGAACUAAGACAUUUGACGAAUUCACAACCAAAAACACCCAAAAGCGAUUCGAUGCCUAUAAAGUUGCCCGUUUCAGUUGAGCGUGAAUCAAUUUCUAAGGUCAGUGACAAUGGUGAGAAGCACCCAAAAGGCUCAACUGAGGAAGACAGUUUUUUUGAACAGUUGACGGCCUUUGUAAAGAGCAAAGAAAAAGAAAGUGGAAUCACACAUCAUUCCGCCACCAAACAAUACCCUGGUUAUAUUCCUUCACCACAGCCUGAAAAAGUCCCGCCAUCCGUGAGGCCUACUCCUGAGGCAAAGAGCCUUGCGCCUGUAAAGAAGUUGUCCGCUCCUUCCAAUCCCAUCACACUACGAGUAGCUCAAAAGGCUGGAGCUUUGAACAGCUCCAUCGAUUACGAAGAAGCCAGUCGUGCGGAAUGUCGAUCCGCAGAUCCAUUUUACCAUCAGGUAAUGAUAAUAAUUGCAAAGCCACUAUUUUUUAGUCUUGUCGAAGUUCUACUAGCCAUAUCGUCAGUGUUUUUGUGCCAAACCCUAAGUGCUUGCAAUUAG